CUGCCCUGAAGGUGCUGUGAAUAUAACAGGAGAAUAUUACAUGGAACUACCAAACAAAGAAUAUCACCUUCAUAUCUUUAAUCCUACCUCCUUACAUAAAUACUAGACUUUUUAAUACAAUUAGGCAAAACUAAGAGCGAGCGAAAGAGCAUGGAACUUGAUAAGCUUAAGUUCUCGAUUGUCUUGACUAUUUUUUGUGCCAUGACAGUUUUAUGUGCAGUGGCUUACGAUCCAUUGGAUCCCAAUGGGAGCAUAAAUAUAAAAUGGGAUAUCCUGUCUUGGACUCCUGAUGGCUAUGUUGCAGUUGUGUCGAUGAAUAACUUUCAAAUGUAUCGGCAAAUAAUGAGCCCAGGGUGGACAUUAGGCUGGACAUGGGCUAAGAAAGAAGUGAUUUGGUCAAUGGUGGGAGCCCAAGCCACUGAUCAAGGAGAUUGUUCCAAUUUCAAAGGCAACAUUCCACACUGCUGUAAGAGAAAUCCUACAGUUAUUGACUUGCUCCAUGGAGUCCCUAAAACCCAACAGUAUUCUGAUUGCUGCAAGGGUGGUGUUUUGGCAUCUUGGGGACAAGAUCCUACAGCCGCAGUUUCAUCAUUUCAGCUCAGUGUUGGUCUCUCUGGUACAUCCAAUACAACAGUUGCACUGCCCCAGAAUUUCUUUUUGCUUGGUCCAGGACCAGGCUAUACGUGCAGUGCAGCAACAAUUGUUUCACCUUCAGUUUUCUUCUCAAGUGAUGGGCAGAGAAAAACACAAGCAAUGAUGACCUGGACUGUGACAUGCUCUUACUCGCAAAUGCUUGUGUCUAAGAAUCCCUCCUGUUGUGUUUCUUUGUCAUCCUUUUACAACUCUAAGAUCACUCCCUGUCCGUCCUGUUCUUGUGGGUGCCAGAAUAAUGAAAAUACUAGCUGUGUCAUGAGCAAUUCCAGAAUUUCAAGUGUUGUAGAAGCAAGUACAUCAAUGCUUCAGUGUACUUCACACAUGUGCCCAAUCCGGGUGCAUUGGCAUGUUAAGGCCAACUACAAGGAGUAUUGGCGUGUGAAGAUUACAGUCACCAAUUUCAAUUAUCGGAAGAAUUUCACACAGUGGACUCUUGUUGCUCAGCAUCCAAACCUCAACAAUGUAACCAGAGUUUAUAGCUUUCUCUACAAGUCAUUUAUGCUCUUCAAUACCAUAAACGAUACUGCCAUGUUUUAUGGGAACAAAAAUAAGAAUGACAUGCUCCUGGAAGCCGGGCAAAAUGGGAAUGUUCAAUCAGAGAUUCUGUUUGGAAAGGACAUGAGCAGAUACACAUUGGAGCAUGGCUGGGGUUUCCCUUCGAGAAUUUACUUCAACGGUGAUGAAUGUAUGAUGCCUCCUCCUGAUUCAUAUCCAUUUCUACCCAACUCUGCUCCUUUCAGUCCAACAGCCUCCUCAACACCAGCAAUAUUUCUAAUUCUCAUCUUGCUAGCCCUUCGGUGUUCGUUGUUCUAGUAGAUAUUGAACCUAGCUGGAUAGGAUUAAUUGGGAAGUUCUUAUGAAGACAAGGAGCCAUCUUAUCAAUGUACCAACCUUUUGUCCUUUUUUUUUUUAAUUAAAAUGUUGAAAAUAAACCACUUGGUUUACAGAAAGAUGAAGCACCGCUGGAAAUCAUAUACAUAAGGAUCGACGUGUAGAAUUCGCUGUAGUUUAUUAAAAUACGACUCGGGAGAUUAACAUAUAUGUGAUUUACUUAUGAACAGGUGCUCUCUCAGAUUAUGUAUUCUAAUGCAUGGAUGGAGAAUACUGUCGGUAGAUGGGUCCGUGGCUCGUUUAUAUUUGUAUAAAUUUUAAUUCGCCUCCCGUGAGGUUAUUAAUUUAUAUUGUCUAUUUCAAUUUUACCUUAA